AUGAAGAUUCCCGUUGUGGACUUUUCAUCGUGGUACAACACCCAGGAUGAAUCCUCUCGUCAACGAGUCGCACAUGAACUCGUUGAGGCUUGCCAAAAAGUCGGGUUUGUGUAUAUUGUGAACCAUUCUCUGACUGAAACCACCCUUGUUGCAACAUUUGACUGGAUGAGACGCUUCUUCGAACUCUCGGACGAACAGAAGAUGCAGGCUCCUCACCCUGAGGGUUGGGCUGUGCAUCGAGGUUACUCAUGGCCCGGUCUGGAAAAGGUCACUCAAGUCAUGAGCAACGGUGAUUAUGAAGAGUCCCGGGAAAAGCUGAGGGAGGUUCCUGAUGUCAAGGAAAUCUGCGACAUUGGCAGUGAAAAUAAUACCGAUCAGCCAAACCAGUGGAUACCUAAAGAAACACUUCCUGGGUUCCAGGCCUUCAUGGUCAGGUUUUACGAAGAGUGUCAUAAGGUUGGCAGUGAGAUUUUGCGUGCUCUGGCUACAGGUCUUGAUUUGGAAGACGAAUACUACCUAACAAAAAAACAUUCGGGCUACAACAACCAGCUCCGGUUGCUGCACUACCUGCCUGUUCCAGCUGAAGAUCUGGAGAAAGAACGAACAUCCCGGUGCCCAGCACAUACAGAUUGGAGUUCAAUAACAUUGCUCUUCCAGGAUGACUGUGGCGGACUGGAAGUAGAGGAUGUUUCUCGACCAGGAACAUUUGCCCCCGCUAAUCCCUUGAAGAAUGCCAUCGUCAUGAACGUUGGUGAUCUUUUACAAAGGUGGAGCAAUAAUCGCCUUCGGUCAACCAACCACCGUGUCAGACUACCCCAGCUCUCAGACCGGUUUGAGGGGCCGAAUCGGAUGACACGUGAGCGCUAUUCGAUCCCUUACUUCAUGUCUCCCGAUCCAGAUAUGGUCAUUGAAUGCAUUCCGUCAUGCAUGAGUGAGGAAAACCCGGCCAAGUAUAAGCCGAUCACCCAGGCUGAGUAUAACCAAAUGCGUGCUUCUAUGAUGUACUAG